CGUCGUUACGGGGAGCUGUAAACAAGGUGUGCAGGUAACUGAAGCGCUGUCAGGAUGCAGCAGAGCAGAGCGGUUGGAGGCCGUGGCUGCGCUCUCUUUCCCCUGCUGGGAGUCCUAUUUUUCCAGGGUGUUCAUGUCGUCCUUUCCUUGGAGAUAAAUGCAGAUGCUCACGUCCGAGGUUAUGUUGGAGAAAAGAUCAAGUUGAGAUGCACCUUCAAGUCAACUUCGCAAGUCACUGACAAACUGACCAUUGAUUGGACGUACCGCCCUCCCAGCAGCAGUCGCACAGAGUCUAUUUUUCAUUAUCAAUCUUUCCAGUACCCAACCACAGCAGGCACAUUUCGGGACCGGAUUUCCUGGGCUGGAAAUGUAUACAAAGGGGAUGCAUCCAUAAGCAUAAGCAACCCUACCCUAAAGGACAAUGGGACGUUCAGCUGUGCUGUGAAGAAUCCCCCAGAUGUGCACCAUAAUAUUCCCCUGACGGAGCUAACAGUCACAGAAAGAGGUUUCGGUACCAUGCUGUCCUCGGUGGCCCUGCUGUCCCUGCUGGUCUUCAUCCCCUCUGCGGUGGUGGUGGUUCUGCUGCUGCUGAGAAUGGGGCGGAAGGCUGCAGGGCUGAAGAAGAGGAGCAAGUCUGGCUAUAAGAAAUCGUCUAUCGAAGUUUCAGAUGACACUGACCAGGAGGACAAAGACCAGUGCAUGGCAAGGCUCUGUGUCCGCUGUGCUGAGUGUCUGGAUUCAGACUAUGAAGAUACAUACUGAUGAAAGUCUGGAUGGUAUAAGAAGAGUUGCCUGAUACCAGAAAAUAUCUCAUUCUACUGGCAGCUAAAGCCUCUUGGGGGAAUGGAGCUGGCCUGGACAAUGGGGAUGGCAGAUUUUGGAGGUCCUCUGGAAAGACUUUGGGAACCAUUUAUUUAUUGAAGAAAUGUUCUGUUCAUAUUUAUAAACUAUUUAGAAACUCUCCAGAGAGACUCAUGACUUCCCUUUUUAAUAAGUUAUACUCUAACUGAGUGAAGACAUUCUUCUUCUGAACAGAAAGCUACUCUUCGGUUAACCUUCACUCUUGAAUGUACUACAUGUAUUCAUUCAGUUAUUUGAAGGAGAACCCUGAAUGUUUGCCACACUGCUGGUGCCAAAAUAAUAUUUGGAACAAAAUGGAGCCUGACACCUCUUGAUGAUGUGCUACCAGACAAAAUGCCUGUUUGGGGUAGAUGUCUUUUUUUUUUUUUUUUGCUCCAUGGACAUUUUUAGCUGUGAGUUAAUCUACAGUAUACAUAAAUACUUGGUUUAAUGAUCUCA